AUGAAAACGUACAGUGGUCAUAUUAGUUUUAGGCGCAAAAAUCCUAACAUUAAAAUCUUUUCUCAUAUUUAUUUUGAAAUGAACUCUGCUGUGACUUUAAAUUCUGGGUACACAAUGCCCUUGUUAGGAUUGGGGUACGAAUAUUCUCUUUUCUUGAUUAAUAAUAGUACGUAUUGCGCUGUAAACGAAGAAGAAUGUUUCAACGCUGUAAAGACGGCUAUUAAAGCUGGAUAUCGCUCGAUUGAUACCGCUGUUGCUUAUGGAAAUCAAAAGAUUGUUGGAAAAGCGAUCAAGAGCUGCAUCGAUGAAGGAAUUAUCACUCGAAGCGAUAUUUUCGUCACCACUAAGCUCUGGCUGACUGAUUGGAAGCCCGAAGAUGUAGAACGAUCUGUGAAACUGUGCUUGGAAGAGCUCCAGCUGGAAUACAUCGAUCUCUUCUUAAUUCACCAAUCUGUGUUCCUCAAUUUGGCUCCUGAGGAUGAUAAGAAGCGUCGAGAGGGUUAUUUCUUCGAUUAUCAGCUCGUUCCUGCGGAUGAUCCCACUCUCCGCCUUGGCUAUAACCUUGAGAACUUAAAGUUGACUUGGGGAAAGAUGGAGGAGCUCUGUGGCAAGGGAUUGCUUCGUUCAAUUGGGGUUUCGAAUUUCUCCGCUAAGCGUAUUCGUGACCUCGUUUCCGUUUGCAAGAUCAAGCCUGCUGUGAAUCAGAUUGAGCUUCAUCCCUAUCUCCAGCAGUGGGAAACCAAGGCUACAUGCGAGGAGUUCGGCAUCUACUUGAUGGCUUACUAUCCCUUGGGAGGUGCUGUCUCGACGCGAUCAACAAAGGCUGCAUCGCCUAUGGAUGAUCCGGUGAUCAUAAAAAUUGCGAAGGCUCACAACAAAACACCCGCUCAAGUAAUGAUUCGUUGGGCAGUUCAGAGAGGAACGAUUUGCAUUCCUAAGUCUGUUCAUGAGAAUCGCAUUAUUGAGAACGGACAGAUUUAUGACUUCAUCUUGGGGGAUAAGGAGAUGAGUGAAAUUCGCUCACUCGACAAGGGCUAUCGAUUUGCUCGUCGCUCGUUCCUGUUGCCUAGUCCCAUGGAUUGGAAAGAUUUGUGGGAUGGAGAAUAUGUAUCUGAUUAG